AUUUCAGCGAGGGAUAAGAGGAGUAUGGUUUUACUCUGCGUUCUCUAUCUUAUUCAGGGUGUUCCGCUUGGGCUUGCUUUAGGAUCUGUGCCAUUUCUUCUCAAAGAACAUUUGUCAUACUCGCAACUUGCGACGUUUGCGUUGUCAAGUUAUCCGUAUUCCCUCAAACUCCUCUGGUCGCCCAUCGUCGACUCCGUUUUCAUCAGAUCCGUUGGGCGUCGAAAGUCAUGGAUCAUACCAAUGCAGCUGAUUGUGGGAACUCUAAUGCUUUACAUCUCGCUUAACGUCCAAAAACUUCUUGACGAUCCGGGAAACAAUGUUACUGAACUUACCGUCAUCUUUACGCUGCUUGUGUUGUUUUCUGCUACACAAGAUAUAGCCGUCGAUGGCUGGGCGCUCACCCUUCUUUCGCAAGAUUGUUUAUCGUACGCAUCAACGUGUCAAACGAUUGGACUCAAUACUGGCUUCUUCGCUUCCUUCACGGUAUUCCUCGCCUUCAACAGCGAAGCUUUUGCUGCGAGAUGGGGCGUUCCUCAACUAAGCCUGAGCGGCUACUUGAGGUUCUGGAGCAUUGUUUGUUAUCUAGUUACAUUCUGGCUGCUAUUCUUCAAGAAAGAGGACAAAGAACCUGCUAGUGAAGCAGAUAUGAGCAUAACAGCUGUUUACAAGACAAUCUGGACUAUCUGCAAGCUAAAACAUGUUCAACUCCUCAUCCUUAUGCAUCUAUUCGCUAAGGUUGGAUUCGCAGCAAACGAGGCCGCCACUUCUCUUAAGAUGGUGGAGAAGGGUUUUAGACGCGAGGACCUCGCGAUUGCUGUGUUGAUUGAUUUUCCGUUUCAAAUAACAGGCGGGUGGCUAGCAGCCAAGUGGUCUAGGGGCGAUCGUCCUCUUAGGCCAUGGAUGCACGCGUUUUGGCCUCGCCUUCUCUUUUGUCUGAUUGCCACCCUCGUUGUCUACUGGUUCCCGAAACCCCCGAUAACCCUUGGUUUCUUCGCAUUUCUCAUAUUUCACACAGUACUAUCAUCUUUUGCCUCGACCGUUCAAUUUGUUGGCAUCUCAGCGUUUCACACGCGAGUAUCUGAUCCACUAAUUGGAGGGACAUACAUGACGCUGCUGAACACCUUUACCAACAUGGGUGGCACUUGGCCAAAGUGGUUCGUUUUGAAAGGAAUGCCAUUAAUUGACCCCCUAGUAGGUGUUGACCUCUUCAGCGUCGCGAUAUGCCAAGUGCCUGAUGCUGGCAUGGAUGUCAAAGUUCAAGGUAUGACACUUCAUUUAAGCCGUUCUGAUGCUUAUGUUCAUGUCGGUAUUGCAGCGACGGAAUGCGUGUCGGAUCAUGGAAAGAAGCUGUGCCACGAAAUCAAUGGCAUAUGUACCACAGAGCGAGAUGGAUACUACAUCGUUUCGGCGAUUUGCAUGGCGUUUGGAGUCGUCUUUCUGUUGGCAUUCAUUUUGCCGACGGCUCGCAAGCUUCAAGCAUUACCAACGUCCGUUUGGCGGGUUAAAAUG